AUGUGCGUCAUCUUAGAUAUAGCUUUCUCCUGCGGCUGCAAGAAAGAAAUGGACUUCGUCCAGUGCAAACAACGCCAGGGAACGAAUGUCAGAUGCUGCCCAGCCAAGAAAGGUCUUGGAAAAACUUCACCUAAUUACUGCCGGCGCCAUCUGGUACCUCCCGGCGCUCCCAAAACCUGUGUUAAGAGCAAGGAACCGCGAAUCAUCGAUGAAAUUAUGGCUACAGACUGA